CUUCCACCGCAUAUCGUAACCUCAUGGCGAAGCGCCCGUCCACGAAGUCGGUUGAUGGCCGACAACAGCCUGUCAAUGCAGCGAAUCCUAGCCAAGUCCACACCAAGAAGCGUCUGCCGGUGCUUCGGUAUCGGAAGAAGGUUCUAGACCCGUCGCCGGAGCCACAGCAUGGCGACGACGACAACCAACUCGACGAGCCAGACGACACGACUUCGUCCUGCCACGACAACCAGAGUUCCCAUGAAUCGAGUCCCGUGAAAGUGCAUCCGAUUCCGUCGUCGAAAGUGUAUGUUGUCAACGUCCAGGACUUUUUAUUCCACCCGCGGCACAUUGUGGUCGAGCGACACAGCACGAUUCGAUGGGAAAUCCCCGCCAACUCCACCACGGUGCAUUCGAUCCAUGUCGGGUGGACCAAGAAGAAACCACCCCCGUCUACCACCAACGCGCCGACGUUGAGCGUUGACACCCCUACGUUUGAGCACACGUUCGACACAUUAGGAACAAUUCGGUACUCAUGCGCGCUGUACUCGUUCAUGACUGGGUCGGUCACGGUCGUGGCGGCGUUGACACCCGACGACACGUCGCGGAACGCUGUCUUUCUCGACUAUCCCCAUCCGCGAACGGUCCCCACGUCGCCCCGGAAACAAGUCACCGUCCCCUUCCACAAGCAGCUCGUCACGUGGCGGGAAAAGCAGCCCCCGCGGCCCAACGUAGAAGACGACGACACAUUUGCCCGCAAGUCGAGACAGCGCAUCAAGACCAAAGCCAACGCGGCCACCAAGCACCCCCAGUCCCCUGCCAUAGAUGCCACCCCCUCUCCACUAUCUACACCACCUGCUACCCCUAGUACUUCUCCCAAAGCAACGACACACUCCUCCCUGUACGUCGCGCCGCUGACGGCGGCAACCAGUCCCACCAACCACCACGUGAUUCUCCUCCAAGACUUUGCAUUCUCCAUCACGAAAGCGUCCGUGGUGGCGGCUGUCGGCGACGCUGUGUCGUGGGAGGUCAGUCCCGAGAACCCCGGCAUGGUCGAACAUGCACUGCAGCUCCGAGUGUUGGAUCAAACGACUCUGGUCCACACAGCCACGUCGCCGCCGCUCAAGCCCGGCGACCGCUGGGGCUUCGCCCUCUGGCAGCCGUGCACGCUGUCCGUCCGGUGCGUCGUGUACGAUCUGGUCUGCCCCAGCGUCCAAGUGGUGCGGCCCCCCUCCGCCUCGGAGGUCGACCAGCCACCCCCGCCCACCGACGUCAUUUUGAUCGGCGACGUCGCGUGUCCUGUGGCCACCGCCGUGUCGUCCCCACCGACCGAGGGGGCGGACGAAGGCAGCAUCCUUGAGCUUCUGCACAAGUCGACGCUCAAGCAGCGCGCGUCGCGAUCGAGCUACGAAGUGGAACAUGGCCGAGCCAUUCCAGGCUUUGACGCCGCCGCCGCCUACGACUUGAUGAAACAACGCUCGAGGGACGCCAAGCUGGAUCCCCAUGUCGUGUACGCAUGUAGUCGCCGUACUGUCUUGUAACACAAUCAACCACAUACCAUAGUGUGCUCCAGCUAUUGUACCAGUGGGUGGGUUACGUACCGGCGGCUACAUCGGGA